AACACGAAGAAUGCGAGAAUAAAUUGAUACAGCCAAGGAAGUCAUGAUCGCAUGUCUGAGAUAUAAGAAGCCCUUACCAGUCGACUAUCUGAACCAGUCGCCAUACCAAGACCUCAUUGCAGUCAAACAAGCACAUCAUGAAGAUCACAGCCCCGGCCCUCGCUUUUCUCACGUCCACUGCUUUCGCCCUAGACCCUACAGUCUAUCGCGACCCUCUCGCCGGAAUAGAGAAACGUGCCAUCGUCGGCGCAACCGUCCUCGUAGACGGUCUACGUUACCGAACGUGUCCAAAGACGAGCUGCACAGCUCCAGGCCAGUACGCUAAAGGUACCAAGAUCAAGUUGAGCUGCUUUACCAGGACGGAUACGACUACGGUGAAUGGCGACAAAGGCUGGGCCAAGGUCUCUGGUGGCGUUGGUAAUGGAAGGUGGGUUGCAUUGGCUGGGGGCACGUAUGUGACUUGGGAUGCACCAUUGAACGCUUGUUGAGAUUGGGGUCCAUAUUGGGAGGUAGUAAUGCUAUCAUACUAUCCUCGCUCACGCGUUUGCGACGGGCUUCAUGAUGAAUUCGCUGUUUUCUAGUUGAGAAUACGACAGACAGCUGUAUUGGGAUAGCAAAACCUAUAUUGGAACUCCCGCCUUUCCC